AUGGCAGACGCGACCGGGAACUCGCAUAACUCCAUAUCCUCUGAACUGGCGGGGUCGGACCUGUCCAACCUUUACGGUUCGAUAGACAGAAUCAAUGUGCACGGUUUGAACUUGACUGUGCCAGAGGACGCGCAAGCUGUGAUCAAGCCGUGGGACGAGCGCGAAGAUACGUCCAAGUCCGCCGAAUCUGGCGUGGAUGACCAGGUCAUCAUACACGUUCCGUUCACCCAAAAUGUACGUGUAAAAUCGGUGCUGCUCAAGCUGGGCAGAGGUGAAGAGACUCCGCGCCGGCUACGAAUAUACGCGAAUCACACCAACAUAGUCGAUUUCAACGAAGCCGAGGAAGUGACACCUCAGCUAAACAUCAACCUUCUCGAGGGAGAAGUUGCCGUUACCGAAUAUCCCAUGCGCAGUGCUGUGUUUGCGAAUAUUCAUUCGCUAUCACUGUUCUUCUGUGAUUCUGUUGGUGGGAACUCUCUCAGAAUUUUUUACAUUGGCUUUAGAGGAGACAGCCGAAACCAGCGCAAGGACGCUACCCAGAAGUUAGAGAUCCCCGCUGCCAAUGCUGCUGAUGCGUCUUUGGUGGAUCGAGUGUCCGAGAGAUCUAGAGGCUCACAACAGCCAACAGCACGAUGA